AUGCUUGGACAGACUCUCGUCGCCCUCACCUCUAGUGCGAUGGCCUUUGCUGCGCCAGCGACAGUACCUCGACAGGAGCGAGGACUGCCUGCAGUUUCACUUCCCAUUGCGAACCCUUUGGCCCCUGCCUCCUUUGGUAGCUCCAAGAUCGCCGUCACUAUUGACCCAAACCUUCAACGAGACUCUUGUGUCACCGCCAACGCCUUGAUUGACGGUCGAGUCUUGUGGAUCUGUCGAGACUCGUUGUCACUCAAGAACGAGACGUUGGGUCAAUACGCUGGAUUCUUCACCUCUUCCAGUGCCAGUUGGUCCAAUCAGACCACUGGGACCACUUCCUCCGGUGGUUCUGGCAACCAACCGAAACUCGACUUUGUCCCCUUGACUCAGGGUCAACAAUUCGUCACUGCUGGGUACCUCCAACAGUUGACCCAAUAUGGCGGUCCCUUCCCUCUCCCCAGCCCUUACCUUCCUUACGCUGCCGAUCAAUGUCCAGACUCCGGGGGUGGAUGUUACGGAGGUCGGUACAUUGAAUGGCCAGAUGCGAGCAUGUACGUGACCGAUGUGGCCAGCGAUGGCACCACUACCGGAUACCUCUACACCACAGCUGCGGCUGGAGGUGGAAACCUUACCGACAACUUUCCCGGUACCACCCUGUACAAGAUCACCUACACGCCUACCGCAGAUAUUGACACCCUCCCGGAAGUCACCAUGAUUGCCGAACACUUCUUCCCUCGAUUCGGAUUCAAUUACGGUGCCUUUGGUGGUGUCGUCUCCCCCACAGACGGAUUGCUUUACCUCUGGGGAGAGACUUACGAUUUCUCUCCCGCCGCUUACAACAUCUCCAUCGGAUUGGCUCGCGUCGCCAUCGACUCGAUCGAAAAUCCGGACGCCUACUCUUACUAUUACCCCGCAUCGAACACUUGGUCCAGCACCCAGCCUACCAUCUACGACUCGGCUGCGAACAUGACCGUGGGAGGUAUUUACGGCCAGGGAACUUUCUACUACAACAGCAAACACUCGGCUUACUUCUUUGUCGGUCAAUCCCAAAACGGACUCAUGAACGUCUCCUACACGGUCGCCAACACCCCCGAGGGUCCUUGGUCUCCUAUGGCUGAACCCGUCACUCUCUCCACCGACUUUGCCUACAGCUUCGCCGCUCACCCCCAGAUGGGUCACGAUCCCGAUCAGCUCUACUGCUCCUUCACCAACAACAUAGACGACCCCACCGUCGGAAACGUGUACCAGCAGCCCCUCUACUUGAUCAACUUCAACGGGUCAAGUCUCGCUGGCGUUCUGUCGGAGCUGUUGUAG